CCACUGUCGUGGGGUUUACCUUUCAGUGGAGGAGACGAACCUCAUAUGUAAAUUAAUCGGCGUAUGAAAGGCAAGUGCCAUGGAGGAAACAUAAAGCGGGGUGAGAGGUUUUAGUGAUUAGGAAAGAGAGGCAUCACUGAGAUGACAUCUGUAAAGACCUGCUGGAUGUAAGGGAGCAAGCCAUGCACGGAGCAGGGACAGCUAUGUGUUGACAGGGCCCCCAGCAUGUAACAGGUGGUUGGUAAAAGCUUGCCAAAUGAAUGUGUGCGUGGACGAAUGAGUGGCCGCAGCCAAUGGUGAACCCGGGAAUGGGAAGAUAAUGUUCUCCUUUGGGGCUUUCACUUUCUCGGAAGUAAACCAACGUUUAUUAUACCAGGCAUCGGGUCCCCACCAUCAACCCUAUCUAUCUUGCAUACCUUUUAACCUGGGUCUCCGGGGCUGGGGUGCAUUUCCGUCCAGUCCCUCCAGACCCACUUGUCCUUUGGCCAGGACGCGGUGUUGUGCUGCCACCGGCCUCCGACGGGCGCAGAAAGUGAGCGAACCGGAGCAGAAUCCCUCCCGCCAAAAAGCCGCCGCAGAAACGCCUGCUCGCGGUGGGGAGGCGCCCGAGCCCAGGUGGCUACGCGGGACGGACAGUACAAUUCGGGACCUGGUCCCGCUUCCACUCUCCGGCGGUCAGCUUUCCAGCCUCCUGCCGCGAGGGCGCUUUCCCCACCCUGCGGAACUUUGCUGCCGGAGUUCGGUUCCCGGCGGUCCCGAGGGCUUCCGGAAGCGGAAGUGCUCGCUGGCGGCGCCCAGGCGGCAUCCCGGCGGCGGCGGCGGCGGCGGCGGCGGCGGCCGGGCGCGCGCUAUGGAGCACGUGACGGAGGGCUCCUGGGAGUCGCUGCCGAUGCGGCUGCACCCGCGGGUGCUGGGUGCGCUGCGGGAGCUGGGCUUCCCGUACAUGACGCCGGUGCAGUCUGCAACCAUCCCUCUGUUCAUGAAAAAUAAAGAUGUCGCUGCAGAGGCGGUCACGGGUAGUGGCAAAACACUCGCUUUUGUCAUUCCCGUCCUGGAGAUUCUUCUGAGAAGGGAAGAGAAGUUAAAAAAGCAUCAGGUGGGAGCCUUAAUCAUCACACCGACGCGAGAGCUGGCUAUUCAGAUAGACGAGGUCCUAGCGCAUUUCACGAAGCCCUUCCCACAGUUCAGCCAGAUUCUCUGGAUCGGAGGCAGGAAUCCUGGAGAAGAUGUUGAAAGGUUUAAGGAGCAAGGUGGGAACAUCAUUGUGGCCACUCCAGGCCGUUUGGAGGACAUGUUCCGGAGGAAGGCAGAGGGCUUGGAUUUGGCCAGCUGUGUGAGGUCCCUCGACGUCCUGGUGUUGGAUGAGGCAGACAGACUUCUGGACAUGGGGUUUGAGGCAAGCAUAAAUACCAUCCUGGAGUUUUUGCCAAAGCAGAGGAGAACAGGCCUUUUCUCCGCCACUCAGACACAGGAGGUGGAGAGCCUGGUGAGAGCGGGGCUCCGGAACCCCGUGCGGAUCUCGGUGAAGGAGAAGGGCGUGGCGGCCAGCAGCACCCAGAAAACUCCUUCCCGCCUGAAGAACUACUACAUGGUAUGUAAGGCAGAUGAGAAAUUUAACCAGCUGGUACAUUUUCUUCGAAAUCAUAAGCAGGAAAAGCACCUGAUUUUCUUCAGCACCUGCGCCUGUGUGGAAUACUAUGGAAAGGCCCUGGAAUCCCUGGUGAAGGGUGUGAAGAUUAUGUGCAUUCACGGGAAGAUGAAACAUAAGCGCAACAAGAUCUUCAUGGAGUUCCGCAAAUUGCAAAGUGGGAUUUUAGUGUGCACAGAUGUCAUGGCCCGAGGAAUAGAUAUUCCUGAAGUAAACUGGGUUUUGCAGUACGACCCUCCCAGCAGCGCAAGUGCCUUUGUGCAUCGCUGUGGCCGCACAGCCCGCAUCGGCCACGGUGGCAGUGCGCUCGUGUUCCUCCUUCCCAUGGAAGAGUCAUACGUCAGUUUCCUUGAAAUUAACCAAAAAUGCCCCCUGCAGGAGAUGCAACUCCAGAAAAACACAGGAGACCUCCUUCCAAAGCUCAAGUCCAUGGCCCUGGCUGACAGAGCUGUGUUUGAAAAGGGCAUGAAAGCCUUUGUGUCAUACGUCCAGGCAUACGCCAAGCACGAAUGCGGCCUCAUCUUCAGAUUAAAGGAUCUUGAUUUUGCUAGUCUUGCUCGAGGGUUUGCCCUGCUGAGGAUGCCCAAGAUGCCAGAACUGAGAGGAAAGCAGUUUCCAGAUUUUGUGCCUGCAGAUGUUAAUACAGACACCAUUCCAUUCAAAGAUAAAAUCAGAGAGAAGCAAAGGCAGAAGCUACUAGAGCAACAGAGAAAAGAGAAAAGAGAAAAUGAAGGGAGAAAAAAAUUCAUAAAAAAUAAAGCUUGGUCAAAGCAGAAGGCCAAAAAGGAGAAGAAGAAGAAAAUGAAUGAAAAAAGGAAGAGGGAAGAGGGUUCUGAUAUCGAAGACGAGGACAUGGAGGAACUUCUUAAUGACACGAGGCUCUUGAGAAAGUUUAAGAAAGGCAAGAUUACUGAAGAAGAGUUUGAGAAGGGGUUGUUGGCGAGCGGCAAGAGAACAGUCACCACAGCAGACGUGGGGAUCCCCGCCUGGGAACCUGACUGCUGACACCGGCUUUGGGGAGCGUGGGAGAGUGCGGGGAAUGCGGCCAGCCGGCCCGGCACGGCUCACAUCUGCUUUCGCUACGUGUCGGAACUUCACAUCCAAGAAAGCUGUUCAGACUUGGGGGGCGGGGGGUGUUACACUCGUGGAUGUUGUAUUAAAAUCACACCGGCCCUUAGGUGUAAUGGAAGAGCGUAACUGUCGGAGUGUAAAUAACAGAUGUCAAUAUUUAUUUUGAUGGGUCACCUAUAAAUUAAAGCUCAUUUUUCUGUGGCUA